AUGGCUGACCAAGAUGAGUCAUCUGUCGCCAGCGUCUGCGAAUUCACUGGCCUAGACCCUGUUGUUUACCGUGAGCUUGUUGUCUCUGCGCUGAGGGAGAAGGCUGGUGAUGUGGAAGCCGUGGUAGCCGCAUUUUACGACGACGAGGUCAAGUUUCGCCAAAUGUUUACAUGGAACGAGGCACACUUUGUUAGCGAUCGUGACGGCACGAGCAAUGACACCGGUCUACCCAAGUUUAACGUCCAGGGACCUGACGAUGUUUCGAUCAUCCAUGGUGUAUCGCCUACUGGGCACCACCUAGGCGCACCGUCACGCCCGCCGUCACGGACCCAAUCACCGCUGGGCCGGAUGGUAGACUGGACAACGCAGGCAAACCGUAUCAGCACUUACAACUCUCAAGCCGAAGAGGACACCGAACUGCAACGAGCUCUGGCUGCGUCCGUUUCAAGUCUGCACCCACCACAGGAAUCUGGGUGGGCAAUGGUGAGGGCUACGCCUGAUAACAAGGAGUUGGGCCCAUCUUCUAGGAGACGAGCGCCUGGAACACCGGCCAUUCUGCGCUGCCGGAAGGAGGGCAGCGACACAUACAACCUUAAUGCUCUCCUCACCAUCUUACAUUCCGUGCCUGGAGUUCGUAACACUUUUUUGCGUUCUGGACAACCAGCGAGAAAUUAUGGACAGGAUCCAGAUUGGUGGAAGGGAAGCCUCUCGUUCUCGAUAGGCGAGUCAUCACAAGAAGGAGCAUUGUCAACAGCGGAAGAAUCGGUAUCGAGGAUCGCAACCACACAUGACCGCGCGCGAAAUUUCACCGAAGAGAUACACCGUAUAAUGGCAUUUCUUGAUGGCACCGAUAGGGUUUAUGGGUCGGCUGAUAUAUUCUCUAAUGCUAAGCUCUUGGGAGAGUUAUGGGAUGAUAAACCGGAUCGCUUAUUCUUCAAUUUUUUCAAAGAAGUCAAUCCCCCUGAAAUAUCGGAAACCCUUUUCUCGGAUAUUGGUCUGGUUGGUGCCGCUGACGAGGACGAUUGCACUUAUAUUGAAAGCUACGCGAUUCUUGACGCCAAGAUUGAGAGGGGACAAUACUUUGGAGAGUUACGAGAUAUCUACAACAUUCUGGAUACCAUUUACUGGGUGGAUCUUGGGGGUGUGUCGAUGGAACCAAUAGCCACGGCUAAGAUGGCUGUGUCAACCAGACUCGGCAUGAUUCAGAUUUUCAACAUUUGCGUCGAUGGUCUCGAACAGCCUGUAGAAAUCCCGGAAGUUUUUUUUCCAGACAGGUAUACGGCGGAGAACCGACAGCUAGCUUUGCAACUGCAGCUGAAGCUACGGUCCGUCGGUCAAGCGUUUAAGGAGAGUGAUGACAUGUGCAACAAGAUUGCCACAUUCACAGACAAGUCGAGUAACUUCACGCUAAGCCAGGCUACUUUGUCCGAGCAAGCUAUCGGGCUAGGAAUGCAGAAGCUCUGGCAACUCAAGGCUGCUGCGUUUUGGAAGCAACACGAGGUAUCGGUGGGGACGCCCGAAGAGUUUGACUUCAGUUUGGCCGAUGUUGAUGUCACCGAGCUCACAGCUCCAGAGGAUUUGAGGGUGGAAAAGGCAAUCCAAGCAGAAGUUGCUGUGCACCGAAAAAAACUAACAGACAUCGGCAAUAAACUGCAAAAGCUUCGAGAAGAGAAGGAAGCCUGUGAGGAACUUCUUCGUCAACUGAGAUUACGCAACACCGGCCCAGCUACAGCGGAUGACUGGAAUCCAACCCAUCGCUACAGGUUGCGUGGCAUCAUAGUUUCUAGCGGCACAUUCUACAUGUGCCGGCUAAAGGCAGAUACUGAUGAUGAAGUGCUCAUGAAUGGGGCCGAUCAGUGGUGGCGGAUCUCCUCCUCCGCAUCUGUCUCGGAACCUGUGCGCAUUGAGAAAACAUCGAUAGAGAUGGCACAACAAGCAGCUUUCAGGGAUAAUAACAGGCCAAUUGUUGUCUAUGCAAAUGAUGCCGCGAUAAAUGAGACUCUGGAACCAUUGUCUGAUUCGUUACGAACAUUUGUUCGCUUUGAUAACCGCUUCUUUAAGCAGGAGCUGGUUGGUGAAGGACCGCGCGAAAAGAAGCGAAUGCCAACCGAGCCACCCACAUCGCCAUCUAAGCGACAACAACGGUCUAACAGCAUUGAUUCGAUGGCGACAAACAAAGCGUCCGUGGAUGAAUUGUCUGACCGUGACAUGAGCGACGUACUGCUUGUUGCGGGGCGCUUCGUUGUUUCCGAAGGUUUUGACGAUGUACUUGUUGAGAAAGAUGGCGAGGGAUAUGGAGACAGUACGGCCAACGGAACUCCCCAGGAUGUCCAAAGAACGGAUAAAGAGGGUUGCCUAGGAACAGAGAUGGUUCAACUGGCCAUAAGUCGGCCAGGCGCACAGACACCAGCAGGUGUGGCUGGAAUGGACGGAAAUGAGACGCGACUUGGCACUGAAAACGAUGGUGUCAACGGUAAAGAAGAUGGUGCCGAUGAUAAAUGCAACACUUCUCUCCGGCAACGACAGUCAAAUGAAAACAUGGCACAUGACAAAGUUAGUUUGUUGGCUGAUUGGGAAUAUCCCGAAGGUCGUUAUGUGGGGCCUCCAGAUGGCACCAAGGAGCCAUGA